UCCUGGUUGCCCUGGCAGCGGAUCUGUGAGGCCGGCAGACACAUAUAGAGAGAGUCAACAUGGAGGAUAUCGAAGAAAACCUCUCAAAUGAAGACCUCCGACCUUGUAAAAUAUGUGGCAGAACAUUCUUUCCUGCAACAUUGAAAAAGCACAUUUUGAUUUGCCAAAAAGCAUCAUCUAAAAAACGAAAAACCUUUGAUUCAAGCAGACAGAGGGCAGAAGGAACAGAAAUUCCCACUGUGAAACCAGUGAAGCCGCGGCCCGAACCUCCCAAGAAACCAUCCAACUGGAGGAGGAAACAUGAAGAAUUCAUUGCCACAAUACGAGCAGCUAGAGGGCUUACUCAGAAUUUAAAAGAAGGUGGAGGACUUCCACCACCACCCCCGCCAUCAUAUGACCCUGAUUACAUCCAGUGCCCUUAUUGUCAGAGAAGGUUUAAUGAGAAUGCAGCUGACAGACAUAUCAACUUCUGCAAAGAGCAAGCUGCCCGUAUAACGAAUAAAGGCAAAUUAGCAGGCGAUGCCAAAGUGAACGCUAAUCCUCGGCCUCAGCACAAACCUCUCUCAAUUAAGAAGACUAACUCUCCUGCGUCUGUGUCUUCUUCAACUACACGCUUGCCGCAGCCUCCUAAUUUUGGCAGAGCCCCUUCAGGUAUUCCUUCCGGGAAGUCGUCCGUGAGUGCUGGAUCAACACUGACAUUUAAAUCUCCUGCUCUCAAGAAUCCAACUCCUACAUCAGGCUUCCAAGCUGGAGGUUCGACAAAAUUACGGACACCACCAAGCAUGGCCAAAAACUCUACAUCCACGGCAUCGGUGAAUAAAAGGAAAACCUAUAAUGCUGAAAAUUAUUCAAGGUCUGAUGGUAAAACCGAAUAUGAUGCUGCGGACCAGUCAGACUCUAUAAAUGGAGGCCGUAUGAAAGGGGUGGACAGUAACGCUUCCGGACAGCAGACAAAGUUCUGCCAUGAGUGUGGCACCAAGUACCCCGUUCAGUGGGCCAAGUUCUGCUGUGAAUGCGGGGUGAAGAGAAUGGUCCUGUGAAGGCCGUGUUCUGAUACCUGCAAAUAUACACCGUCUGCACACAUGCAACCUAAUGUAUGAUGAAUUACUGGAUCCGUGACGCACAUAGGUUAUUUAAAGCUGCUGUAGGUAAUGCCACUAGAAGCCGUCUGCUAAAAGUACACCUGUCUGCUAUUAAGGACAACAUUUAAUUACACAGCAUUAAGUAUUAAAAAUAAUUAAACCAGUUUUAAGGAUUUGGUCCCACCGCAUCCCGCAAAAUCACAGGCCUGCCCCAGAUAUCUUUUUUGCUUUGGAAAGUAUAUUUAACAGCACUGGUAUAAUAUAAUCUGCACAUGAGAAUAUUAAAAGAGGGCCUACAGUUUACAUAUAGUGGGUUUUUCUCUAUUUGUCAGAAUUUAGUUUAAAUGUCACAUUUACGCUGUCUCGCCAGUUAUAGGUGAUGCAUGUAGACCCAGAUGUGUAUGGAUCAGCCAUUAUUGAGGUUUUGAUUGUUUGCGUUUUACACUGGUUUUUGUAAAGCAUAUCGUGCAUUUUGAUCUCA